AUGGGCAUCACAAACCAAACUGUGUUACAAGGGCCCCUCUUUGUAGUGUUUUCCCUCAACUACAUGGCCACAGCUGUGGGAAACCUGGGCCUGAUCACCCUAACAAGUGUGGAUUCUCACCUCCAAACCCCCAUGUACUUUUUUCUUAGGAAUCUGGCAUUUGUUGAUUUUGGCUAUUCCUCAGCUAUUGGGCCAAAAAUGCUGGUUAAUUUCAUAGAGGAGAAAAAUAUCAUUUCCUAUCAUCAAUGUGCAGUACAGCUAUUUUUUGUUGGGGUAUUUAUUGACAGUGAACUUUUUAUCCUGUCAACCAUGGCCUAUGAUCGUUAUGUGGCUAUCUGUAAGCCACUCCUCUAUAUGGUCAUCAUGUCAGAAAGGCUAUGUUGGAUCUUGGUGUCUAUCUCAUACCUCUAUAGCAUCAUGGUAUGUCUGGUAAUUACAACUGAGAUUUUUGAAUCAUCUUUCUGCGAAUCAAAUAUAAUAAGACAUUUCUACUGUGACAGUCUCCCUCUAUUAACAAUUGCAUGCUCAGACACAAGUGAGAGUGAACUAAUCAUUAUGAUCUUUGCUUCAAUUAGUUUGGUUUCUUCCCUCUUGAUUAUCCUUGUCUCCUACAUGCUCAUUCUUAUGGCCAUCAUCAGGAUGAACUCUGCUGAGGGAAGGCACAAAGCCUUCUCCACUUGUGGCUCUCACCUCACAGGGGUGGUUAUAUUCUAUGGGUCACUUCUCUUCAUGUACCUGCAGCCCCAAUCUAGCCAUUCCUUUGACACAGACAAGAUGGCCUCUGUGUUUUACACUCUGGUUAUCCCCAUGCUCAACCCUUUGAUCUACAGCUUGAGGAACAAAGAGGUGAAAAUCUGA